AUGUCUGAUCAGCUGGGAAGGACAUUUCCCCUUUUGUCUAUGGAGAGGGUUAGCCCAGGAUCUCAAAUGGCUGAUAGAGAAGACAAUAUUGAAACAGUUAUCUGUGGAGGAGGCUGUUCAAGCCAAGUAAAGGCAGACAAUGUUAUUAAGGAAAUGUAUCAAGGACAGGGAGCAAAAGAACAAGUGAUGUUCCCCUUUUUGCCUUCAGAAAGAGCACACUCAGAAUUUGAUGUUUCUGCUGUACAAAGCGAGAUUGAUAGGAUUCUUGUUGGAGGAUCCAAUAUGAAAUCUAGAAGGCCAGAAGGAACCACAGACACAACAUCUAAAGAUUACGAGGAAUUUGAAGAGAAAAAAGAAAUGACAUUUCCAGUUCUUCACACAGGGAUUGAAUACUCAGAAUUUCAUCCCAUUGCUCUACAAGAUUUUAUUAACAGGGCAUUUUGUGUGGAAAGCAGUCCAAAAGCCAGAAAGGCUGAAUGGAAUACUGAACACAAUAAUGAAUUUGUGGGUCUCAAGGAAGGAAUGCGGUUUCCUGCUCUGAAUAUGUCAAGCACAAAGUCAGGUUCAAAGCCUUUAUUUCUGCAGUGCAUAACACAGAGGCAUGCUGACAUGGACGAUUACAGAAAUUUCAGGAAGGGUGGACGAAAGGCACCCAGUGAAGCUAUAAGAGAACUGGCUAUCAGAGUUGCCCCUGUGAACCCCUUGGCAGCCUGCCCUCGGAAGAGUAGCGUAUGUGGCUCAGGAAUGGCAUGGAAACACCUGAACUGCAUGAACUUCCAUAAACGUUACUCUGUUGGGCCACCAAAGAAGCCUCUUUGA